AUGUCUUAGAAAUUCUACACUCUUAUUGCUUUUGCAUGUGUGAAUGUUGUUUGCAGUUCUUUCAUUGUUUUUACUUAUUUGGCAUGGAAAGCUGGUCGUAAAUCUCCAGGAGAUAUUGUAUUUGCUUUAGGAUUAUGCCAAUUGAGUACUUCAAUCUAUUGGAUGAUGUCAAGUCCUGAUGUAAAUACACCCAGCAAUCCAGAUAAUAACUUAAAUGAUUCAUCCUAUUGCAAAUGGGUUGAUUUCACAUAGAACUUAGGAUUCUUAGGUUAAUUUAUAUACAAUUUUGCAUAUUGUUUUACGAUGAGGUAAUCAUUAAGAUUAUUUUAGGUAAGAGAUUACAAAUGUAUUGAAAACAAAUGCAAAAUUUAAACUAUUGCUUCAUUCCUUCUGUUUGGUGUUUACAUUAUGCAUAUCGUUGAUUCUGUUUGCAUUUCAACCUCAAAUAUAACAAAGAGCAAGUCAAACAAUAAUGAAUAAAUGUGUCAACACAAUCAUAUUGGAGAGGAACUAUUUACCUUUGGCUCUUUAUGUAUUUGAAUUUGUGUACAUCAUAUCAGCACUAUACACAAUAUGGUACUUCUAUUAGAACUUACCAAAUGAUGUGACAUUUAGAACUAAUAAAAAGUCUUCGCUCAUUAGAUACGUCAUGUAUAUCAUUUCCACUAUUUUUCUGUCUUGUUUCACUUUGCUUAGCACAUUUAUUUAAACAAGUGAACAUCCGUCAUAUUAACCUGCUAAUUUGGACACAGUGAUGAUGAUAUCGACAUGUUCCUUUUAUACAUUGGGUUCUGGAAUUCUUUGUUAUUAGAGAGUUAAGAACCCUGCUUUAUUGAGAAAAAUAGUUAAUAUGGUACAUAAAGCAUUCUAUCCUCAACCUAAAAAGGAAGUGGAAAUUGUUGAUGUGGAUACACAAUUCAUUGAAGUUUAGAAAUUCAUAAGAAUGUUUUAGAUUAGAAGUGUUUUAGCUGGGAUAAUCUAGUAUUUCAAUAAUAUUGAAGAAUAUUUAGACAAUGCAUAAUUGGAGGAAAAUGUAGAAAAAUCUGAAUUUGAUGUUGAUAGAACUUCUUAAUUAUUGAUAUAAGCUAGGGCUACAUAAAAUUAUGAUGUCACAUUAAAUGAUAAUCUUAUUAGAGAGACUUUGAGUGAAGAAUAAUUAGCCAUAGCAAAGACUCUAGAGAAAUAUAAAUUAAAUAAUUAAGCAUUGAAUAAAGAGUUUAAUUUUUAUGUUAAAGAAACUUAAUAUACAAAAGGUAAGAAUCCAAUGAUGUUUGCCUUGGCUCCAAAAUAUUUUUACUAUGUAAUUUUAUUUAUAUAAUAUUUUAGCUAUUUAAAUUUGAUAAUUUAGAUAUUGAUGCUCACGAUUCCUUUUCAUUAGAGAAAAAUGCAGAAUUAAUUGAAAAUAUGAUUAAUGUAGAUGGAGGUAAAUCUGGAGAGUUCUUUUUUUUCAGUUAUGAUAAUAAAUGGAUUCUUAAAACUAUUACUGAUAGAGAAUUGAAUAGUUUUAGACAGAGAAUGCCAGAAUAUUUUCAUCAUAUGAGUGAAUAUAGGAAAUCUCUAAUUAAUAAGAUUUAUGGGAUCUUUUCCUAUGAUAUGAAUUAUAUUUCAUCUAGUUGUGGUAUCAUUUAUCACAUGGUCUUAAUGAGAAAUAUAUCUCAAGUACCUCGUCCUUUUGUUAAGAGAACCUUUGAUAUGAAGGGUAGUGAAGUUGCAAGAGAAGCACUGAAGGGAAAACCUAAAGAUAUUGAUCUCUCCAAAAUCACUUUGAAGGAUGUGGAUUUUGAUAAUCUUGAAAAAUGGAUCAAAAUAGAAUAAUCUCAAAGUGAUUUUGUCAAAUUUCAACUCAUUAAAGAUGCUGAAUUUUUCAAAAAUACUUAUUUGCUUGAUUAUUCUCUCUUAAUAAUGAAAAUAGAUUGGGGAGAGUAUUAAGGAAAUGUAGACAGAUUAGUGGAUCUACCUUAAAAUGCCUAUCCAUCUCAAGAAGAACCAAAUAUUUACUAUCAUAUUGCUAUAAUUGAUUAUCUUUAGGAAUGGAAUUUAUCAAAAAUGGCAGAGAAGGCAUCCAAAUAAUUAUUGGCUAUGAAUCCUAAUUUAAAUGUUUCUGCUUAAACUCCAGAAAUUUAUGCUUACAGAUUUAUAAAUAAUUUAGUCAACAAGAUUUUUAGAUGA